GGCCCUCAUGCGACCGGCCUCUUCUCCCCAGAUAUUGAUUAAUGUUGGGCUUCGUGCCGCCCUCCUUCUCUCUCCUAUGUAAGGCAUGAAUACCUCGCUGUCCUCGCCUGUGUGAUCGCACUUUCCAAUGUUCGGCUUGUGGACUGUUUUCUGGGUAUGCUCAUGGGUAGCAGCUGGGGCAGCGUUUCCGGCGCAUCUCUGGGCGAGUGACAAAGAAAUCUCCCAACAGACCUUUGAGUCGCUUGAAGAACUCGCUCGCAUUGUCGACAUAUCCUACUGUGUCGGGACGACGGGUAUUCAGAAGCCCUUCAAAUGCCUGAGUCGAUGCAGCGACUUUGAGGGCUUCGAACUCGUCACCACCUGGAACACCGGUCCCCUUCUGUCCGAUUCGUCUGGCUACAUCGCCUUGUCGCAUCCUCCCUACCCAAAACGAGUUAUCGUCGCCUUUCGAGGAACCUACUCCAUCGCAAACACAAUUGCAGAUCUGUCGACAAACCCAGCCGAAUACGCUCCUUUCCCCUCCGAGAGAGAUAAUGAUUCGUUCUGCACUACCGAGCAGUGGCAAAAUGAAAGGGAACCAAUCCUUCCACAACUAUUGAAACAGCCGGAGAAAAGGAGUGUGGUUCAGGCGGCAUGUCCGAACUGCACUGUUCAUUCGGGCUUCAUGACGUCCUGGCGGAAUACACGCUGCAUCAUCAUCCCACACGUAGAAUUGGCCCUAAAGGACCACCCAGACUACGAACUGGUGCUGGUGGGUCAUUCGCUUGGAGGCGCUGUUGCAGCGUUGGCGUCUCUCGAAUUUCAAGCGAGAGGAUGGCAGCCUCAUGUCACAACAUUUGGUGAGCCACGGGUUGGAAAUCUGGCACUGAAUCAGUUCAUCGAUAAACGUUUCAACUUGAAUGCCACCAAACCGGACGAGUGGACAUACCGCAGAGUGACACAUGUGGACGAUCCAGUGCCCCUUCUACCGCUGGAAGAAUGGGGUUACAAAAUGCACGCUGGGGAGAUAUACAUCUCCAAACCCGCUCUGCCUCCCGCUCGUGCUGAUAUCCGGCAUUGUGUGGGCGAUGAGGAUCCUGCUUGUAUUGCCGACAGCAUCUCCACCGAGCAGGUCAAAACCGCAAUGGGCGAUGACGACAGUGCUGCCUCCGAGAUCAAGGAAAUGUGGGAGAUAAGUCGGCGCUAUAAAUUUUGGCAGCUGUUCUUUGCUCAUCGUGACUACUUCUGGCGGCUGGGGCUCUGUGUUCCUGGCGGAGAUCCUUGGGACUGGUCGAGAGGCAAAUACAACACGACCUUUAUGAAUGAUGAGUUAUGACAUGGGUUACGAUGAGCGAUAACAGACUCGGAUUGUCUAAAAACCCAUAAAGAUAUGGGAUAAAAGCGCGGCGUUGUGCAAUUCUGUGGCGGUGAGAGAAACAGGAGCCCCGUACAUAAUCCUAAUAGGCACAUAUAUAUAACAUAUCCCGAGACUGUUUCAUCCAGA